CUUCGCAGUAUCAGUUGGAAGACAGAAACGGCGGCUCGGUUCGAGGUUAGUUCUGUCCGCGCACGAGUCGAGAUAACCGGAGAAUUCGUCCUGAUAUCGUCACGGGACAAGUCGCGACACGAACGAGUAACGAUGACCUUUCGCUCGUGUCGGGUGGUGGCACGGUGAGAAUCAACCGGUAACCGAGUUUCCACUGGAAAGUCCAGAUAAAACGAACGACGACUCGGUGGUGAAGAAGCGUAUGCUAUAUCUGUGAGUAGAGGAGUUAGACGAAGGAAGAGAAUAGAGAAAGAGAGGAAGAGAGAAAGCGACGGUGGACCCGGCUUCGUCGAGUGGUAGGUCGAAGCGAAAGAGCUAGUGUCCAUUGUGCGAGUCAACGGUGUACUUCGACCAGCGCCAUCGUCACUCGCUACCAUCGACAUGGAAGAUACAGAAGCGGAAUAGUGUCGUUGAGAUGCUGUGAAGUAGUCCCGAGACAUGAAGAGAGCGCGACCGUGGGCCGUGUGGGUUUCUCUGAGUCGGAACCGGCGAUAGCAGAGCCGCGAUCAAAAUGAGUAUUCUGAACACGGAUUCGGAAAACCGCGUGAUCCUGAACGUGGGCGGUAUCCGGCACGAGACGUACAAGGCGACCCUGAAGAAGAUCCCCGCGACCAGGCUGUCAAAGUUGACCGAGGCUCUCGGUAACUACGACCCGAUCCUCAACGAAUACUUCUUCGACAGACAUCCGGGGGUCUUCGCCCAAGUGCUCAAUUACUAUCGCACAGGGAAGCUCCACUAUCCGACCGAUGUGUGCGGACCGUUGUUCGAGGAGGAACUCGACUUCUGGGGACUCGACUCCAAUCAGGUGGAACCAUGUUGUUGGAUGACAUAUACCCAGCAUCGGGACACGCAGGAAACGCUGACAGUCCUCGACAGGUUGGACCUCGAUACCGAGAAGCCGACCGACGAGGAACUGGCAAGGAAGUUCGGUUUCGAGGAGGCAUAUUACGAGGGCACUCUCACGUGGUGGCAAAAGCUCAAGCCCCAGAUGUGGUCGCUGUUCGAUGAACCCUACUCCUCGCUGGCAGCCAAGGUGAUCAGCAUAGUCUCGGUCCUGUUCAUCUGCAUCUCGAUCUUGUCGUUCUGCCUGAAGACGCAUCCGGACAUGCGCGUGCCGGUGAUCGUGAACCGAUCGGUGAACACGGGGAACGGCAGCUCCUGGGCGGUGGAUAAAACGCAUACGAACGCUCACGACUUCUUUUUCUACAUCGAGUGCGUGUGCAACGCCUGGUUUACUCUCGAGUUUCUAAUACGGAUUACCGCGAGCCCGAACCGGUGCGUGUUCAUCAAGAGCUCGGUCAACGUGAUCGACAUGGUCGCUACCGUCAGUUUCUACAUCGACCUGGGGCUACAGCGUUUCGCCUCGCAUCUGGAGAACGCCGAUAUACUCGAGUUCUUGAGCAUCAUACGUAUCAUGAGACUGUUCAAGCUAACCCGUCAUUCGUCCGGCCUGAAGAUCCUCAUCCAGACGUUCCGCGCGUCCGCCAAAGAAUUGACCUUGUUGGUCUUCUUCUUGGUCCUUGGCAUCGUGAUCUUCGCCAGUCUGGUCUAUUACGCGGAACGUACCCAGUACAAUCCGAAGAAUGAUUUCAAGAGCAUACCAUUGGGAUUGUGGUGGGCUCUGGUCACGAUGACCACCGUCGGUUACGGGGACAUGGUGCCGAAAACCUACAUAGGGAUGUUCGUCGGCGCGCUGUGCGCCCUUGCCGGUGUCCUCACGAUCGCCCUGCCGGUGCCCGUGAUCGUCAGCAACUUUGCGAUGUAUUACAGUCACACGCAGGCGCGAGCCAAGCUACCGAAGAAGAGACGCCGUGUAAUUCCGGUCGAACAGCCGAGAGUACGGACUCUGGGUGCGCCGUUGGGAGCGGCCGGGGUUGCAGGCACUAUGGGGCCACCGGGAUGCACCCAACAGCACAUGCAGUCGGGUGGACCUACAUCGGGAUCCGGUGCUCUAGCCCCUGGCCUUGGACAGACGCCCGGGGUCGGCUGCACUGGCGGCAUGGGGCCUCAGAACAGACGGAUGAACGCUAUCAAGACCAAUCAUCCCAAGGAUGUUUCGUUCGCCACGAAAACAGAGGAGGACCGGAGGAACUCUAACCUGCGGACCAACGGGACCAAGACAGCCGGAGGUUUGGGUUAAAGCUGAAACCAACACUACUCUCCACCACUGCCGAGGCGCACUCAACCGGGGCGUCGGGACGACCUACCGAGCCGAACGGGAAAAACGCCCAACACUGGCGCAAGAACUCGUUUGAAACGACGAGGAAUAUUCGUCGAUUGUCAAGUGGAAGCCGAGUGAAAGCCUCGUGUUGG